GUCUAGGUGUUGGGACGCAACGCGAAAAACCUCGUUCGUUAGUGCGAGCCCAGGGUAGUCGUUUGGGAGGCUCGUCAUUCGCAUCUGUUCUAACGUUACUGGUAGCGCACGACAUUUACUCUUGCGGCAUUUUCCACCUCACUGUCGAAAGAUCGCAAUGCCAUCCCACGUAAUGCAUUCGCUGCCUCAAAUGUCGCACACGCCGAGAAUCUCCUCUUUGCUUCCCGCUAGAGCAGCGAGCGAGCCCCCGUUGCUCCUUGGCGGUCACCGCUUGAGUCCCCUGCCAAGGAGUUUUGAUGUGACUCUAACGAAGAAAGGACGUGAUGCUACCGAAUGUGCUAGAAGAGGGAGAGUUACUGUACGGUCGAUGCAGUACAAUCGGCUUGGCGCGUCUGACCUGGUGGUGUCUCGGAUUUGCCUUGGGACCAUGCAGUUCGGAGAAGCGCUGAGUUACCAGGAGGCAGCAGCGCAGCUAAGGAGGGCGGUGGAGGGAGGGGUGAACUUCUUUGACACGGCUGAGAUGUACCCUGUGCCGCAGAGGCAAGAGACUCAGGGUUUAAGCGAGGCUUAUCUGGGUCGGUGGAUGGCAACUUCUGGCAUUCCAAGGGACAAACUCGUUGUGGCCACCAAGAAAUAUUUCAGGUGGCAGGCCCGUCCGCCCAGAUGACUUGGAUCAGAGGGGGACCCUCUAGUCUGGACCCCGCUAACAUCACAUCCGCCAUAGACACGAGUCUGCAGCGGCUGGGGUGUGACUAUAUCGAUCUGCUGCAGCUGCACUGGCCAGACCGAUACGUGCCCAUGUUUGGCGACUGGGAGUUUGACCCGCGCUGUGACUAUAACGAGUACAGCCCGUUUGAGGCUCAGCUGGAGGCGCUGGGGAGAGCCGUGGAAGCAGGCAAGGUGCGGUAUGUUGGACUCAGCAAUGAGACAGCGUGGGGCUUGGGGAAGUUCCUGGAAGCUGCCAGCCGUGCACCUGGUGCUCUCUCCUCCUCCUCCUCCUCCUCCUCCUCCUCCUCCUCCUCCUCCUCCUCCUCCUCCUCCCCGCUCCUCCCUCGCCCCGUAUCCCUGCAAAACGCCUACUCGCUGCUGUGCCGCACCUUUGAUUCAACACUAGCUGAAGCAUGCCACCACGAGGCUAUCCCUCUCCUCGCCUACAGCCCUCUGGCCAUGGGGCUGCUCUCAGGAAAAUACCACUGCUCUCUUCCGGCGAAUAUCUCACGCAACGACCAGCCGUAUCCUUCUGACAGGGACCGCCGCGCCCCCCUCAGUGAUCUUGAAUCCGAGAAGUUUAACCGUGCAAUGCCCCAACCAGCCGCAGAGGCGGAUGCUGUUUCCAGCUCAGCACUGGCCGACCAUGAUGAUGCCACGCCAGCAAGCGACCGUCCGACGUCAGCAAACGCUGCCACACCUGCGGUCGACGCGGCACAGGUACUUGCCGGGUCGCUAGGAUUGCACCAGGGCUCCAACAACGAGAACAUAAUCUUCCAAGAUCCCUCCUGGCGCUUAGUUAAGUACCGGGGCCGGUAUGCAGAGGCCGAGGGAAGAUACCCGGUUGACAACCCCCGGGUGGCGACAGCUGUCAGGGCGUACGCUGAAGUGGCGAGGCAGUUCCAGCUGUCACCUGUCCAGCUGGCAAUAUCGUUCGUGCUGGCGCAUCCACUGGUGGGAGCAGCGGUUGUGGGUGCAUCGUCUAUGGAUCAGCUGGAGGAGAUUCUGUCGGUUGUGGGGGAAGGGGGAGUGAGGGGGGAGGGGAUAGCGUAUACCGAUGAAAUGAGAGCGGCGGUUGAUGCCGUUCAUGCUGUGCUGCCCAACCCCACUCCUUGAGCACGUGAAUCCCAACGCCUGGUGGGAGCACCGGUUGUGGGUGCAUUGUCUUUGGAGCAGCUGGAGGGGAUUCUGUCGGUUGUGGGGGAAGGGGGAGGGAGGGGCGAGGGGAUAGAGUACACAGAGGAGAUGAGGGCGGCAGGAGUUGACGCUGGUCAUGCCGUGCUGCCCAGCCCCACUCCUUGAUUCAUGAAGGCAGCGCUUGUGAGUGCUUCGUCUUUGGAGCACCAGGUGGAGAUUCUGUUGGUUGUGGGGAAAGGGGGGGCUUUAGAGUCGAUUCAAAUGCAGCGCUUGUGGGCGCUUCGUGCUUGGAGCAGCUGGAGGAGAUUCCGUCCGUUGUGGGGGAAGGUUGGGGGGUAUCGGGGAGGAGAUUGCGUUUUCUGCAGAAAUGAGGGCAGCAGUUGACGCUGUUCAUGCUGUGCUGCCAAACCCCACCCCGUAGUAGCCUAUAGACACCGUUCUUUCUUGGAAAGGGGGAGGCAGCGGAGAGGGUAUAGGUUGGCAAGAUGAGAUGAGGGAAGCAGUUAGCGCCGUUCAUGCUGUGCGGCCGGAUCCCACCCUUAGGCCUUGAUGCCUUCAAGGGCGCUGUGUUAUGUUGGAAGUGGCGGGAGUGGAAUUGAAAGCGGAGCAGACGCUGUAGGGAGUUUGCGGAUGAGGCGUUGAAUGCAUGCUGUGCUGUUGAAUUAGUGGCGUUUGUGCCAGCGCAUCCCCCACGGAGUUGGUGCUGCUGUUAGCUUAGCUGCCUCCUCGUCAUACCCUCUGCUGUUAGCUUAGCUACCUCCUCGUCAUACCCUCAGCUGUUAGUUGGUGCGCACUUUGAUGAUGCAGGAAUGUAGUAGAAAC